CAACGAGAGAGCGAUCAAUCUCGUAUUGCUCGACACACCUGGGGAGAAGGUUUCCCAAAAUUCGACUCGUUUUUUUAUGAUGGCGGCGCAUUGAAAAGUAAAAUUUUGACCAUUUUGAACUUGAAGCAAGAUAAACACCAUGAACAGCCCAGACGACAAUACCACAGUGUUUCGAAUGAUGGGGGAGUUUAAGAACUACAUUGCCAAAGACAUAGAGAAGCAUAAAAAAGAGCAGCAGACACGAGAGCGGGAGGGUGAGUUGCUGUCGGCGCAGAGCCGCAUCGCAAAACUUGAAGCUGAGAUGAACAGCAUGAAGACAUCUCACAAGAGGGCCAGGCUUGAUUACGAGAGGGAUGUAGAAAAGGAUCAGAGGAACAGAGAGAUGGAGCUGGCCAGUGUGGAGGAGAUGAAGAGACAGCUUGAGUUUGCCACGAAGCAGGAGCAGAGAUCACGCAAGACUCUGGAGGAGACAAGACGAGCCAAGGAAGGGAUGAAGGCAAACUUUGAGUCACAGAUACAGGACUUGAGACAGCAGAAACUCAAGCUGGAGACUACGUUGCAAGAUCUUCAGAUUUCGAGUCGAUCCCACAUUUCAAGAAUGACGCAUGAAAUAGCCAAGAAGAACAAUGAAAUUAAGCUAUUACAGACUGAUGUUGAAGAAGCUAAAGGUCAACUGCAGUAUCAAAUGAGACGUGGUAUUGAGGCAUCCAGUAAUCGUCGAGCCAUGGACGAAUAUCGCAUGGAACUCUUAAGUGCUCAACAAAAAGUCAAGGAGUUGGAGCAGAGAGUAAGAGACCAAGAGGAUGCUACCACUGUGGCUAAUGCCGUCCAGAAAGAUGCCACAAGAUUGAUGGAUCUAGAGAGAGAGACGAUACGGCUGAGAGAGGAAGUCCUUUAUUACAGAGAGGUGAAUGAAAACAACGCUCUGCUAAAGGAGCAGGCUAAUAGCCUGGAGUCCAAACUGAAGCGUGCCGAGUUGAGGGCAAAGGAACUGGCUGAGCUGCAGGUGGAGAAUGAGGGUUUGAGAAUGAGGUUGACAAGAUGGGAAAGCAUGGACACAGACAAUGACAACAGACCAAGUUCCCCAUCCAAGAUGUCUGCUAAGAUUGCAGUAUUGCAGCAAGAUCAAGCCGCUCUUCUUGAGAAGCAGGGACACUUCCUGUCCAAUUCCCAUUCCUUAGAGCAGUCUUACAGCAUAGCCAAAGAUAAAGUAACGUCCACCACCCAAGACUUGCUGAAACUACAGGAGGGUAAGAGACAGCAGGAAGACCUUGUUAAACGGCUGCAGAGGAGACUACUUCUACUAACAAAGGAGCGGGAUGGAAUGAGGCAGAUUCUCAACUCCUACGAUCAAGAGGUAUCAAGUAUGGGUUACGAGCCACAGUGUAACUCUCGUCUCAGGCAAGCUGAAGCAAACCUACAGACAUGUCACAGACAGAUUGAGAUUCUGGAGCAUGACAUCAAGGCUGCUACAGAGGAGGCGGGAAAAUUUAGACUGGAAAACAAACAGCUGGAUGCUAAGCUUUCCCACGUCCAGAAUGAGCUGGCUCUAGCCAAGUCAACCCCGCCCAUUCCAGCUCUGACCUUAAGGGGAGCGGCUGACGGAGAAGAAGUUGAGACGCUUAAGAAGAGGAUUGAAGAGCUUGAGGAGGAGUCUAGGAAUCUAUCUGAGAAGAACGAGGGUCUAGAUAUGAUGUUAGAGCACAGGGCAUUAAAGGGUGACUACGAUCCCCUCCAGACCAAAAUCAUCACUUUUUCUCAGAAUCCAGCGUCACUCGCUCGCCAGCGUCGAGCGGAGGAGUUGGACCGUCUGAAGAAGGAAAAUGAGACCCUCAGGCAGAGGGUGCAGGUCUUGGAGGAAGGCGGGGCUAGUGAUGAUGUCACUCAACUCGUUACCGAGAAGAUGAAAGAGUCCACCAGUAAGGAGGCAGAAGAUCUGAAGAAAGAGCUUUCGGCAUCGGAGUUGCGCAACCAACGCCUCAAAGAAGUCUUCCAGAAGAAGAUACAAGAAUUCCGAGAGGCUUGUUACCGGCUAACAGGGUACCAGGUGAACAUAUCGACCGACAACCAGUACAGACUGAUGUCCAUGUAUGCAGAGAGACCGAGCGAUGUCAUUCUGUUUCAAGCAACGCAGACAGGCGAAAUGCAGCUUCUAGAGAAUGACUUUUCAUCAACACUGACAGAUUAUAUUGACUCGUUUCUACGCCAACAGGACAGCAUCCCAGCAUUCCUCAGCAGCGUGACCCUUGACCUUUACAGCCGACAGACCAUGGUUGGUUAGACAAUAGUAUUGAACUUUGUAUCAUAUUUAUUUGUAUAAUUACUAUGAUUUUAGAAAAUAUCCCCAGUUCAUUAUUAUGUUGGUUGUUUUUUAAACAUAACUUACAUCUUCAGUCUCUAAUGCAAAUGUUGUUGUCUUAACUUUUUAGCCUUUCGAGAAAGACUCAGCUAGGGUCGAAACGCCAGGCCAUUAAAUAAACUAUUUUUUGCAUUCUUAAUUUUUUAUAAUUGUAAGAUGGCCUUUGCUCUUUGCUUGAUGCAGUUCAGGGUUGUCAGUGGUUUGACACAUUCUUGUGCUGAUCGGAAAGAAAUUUGAGUAUUGUUUUAAUUAAAGCAAUGUUGAAUUCCAGUAGGUGCAGAAUUAAGUACCAACAGAUUCUGUUUUUGUUCACAUUUAUACACACCUCUUGCUGGGUCUGUAUUUUAGGCCAGUUUCAUAGAGCCGCUGAGCACGACAAAAUAUCCUUACCAUAAUAAGGUUAACAGUCAAAGUAUUGAGUCGCAUUUACAGUCAAAGUAUUGAGUCGCAUCCUGCUCAAGCAAUAUUUUCUGCUUAAGCACCUCCAUGAAAGUAGGCCCUUGUUGGCUGAAACAUGGUCAUGUGAGGUAUAGUAGAGUAGGCUUCUGCCUGAUAUCUGUGCCAUAGUGAACUAUACGCCGGUCAAGACAUUGGGUUUGUGCAACUUGCGGGAAAUAAGUCCAGAAACUGGGCAACAAUAAACUCAACAUUGUUGAUGGGUUUGAGCAGCAAAAUUUAGCACAACUUUCACUGAUUGCCUAUGGUUGACUCAUGAGAUAAGUGUUGAACUAAAAUAAUUCACUUCAAAACCCUUUAUUUUUAAACUCGUUUUUAAUUUUUUAAAUUUAUUUAUUUAAUGUUUUGGACUGAGGGGUGUACAUAUGUGGACCGUCAUAAUUCAGUCACUAGAGCCAAACUAAGUCCCUCUUUAGGUCACUCACAGUCCCUGGAGGUCCAUAGAUGUGCACUAGUGACCUCAUUGCUGGUCCAUAGUGUGUAUACUAUAACACCAACAGGUUGAAAGUAUCACCCUAAUAAUAAAACUAUAAUCAGAAUGAAGGCCACAAUAGUGCUUGAGUUUCAUUAGGAAAACAUUUGGGUGAUGAAUUUUGGAAUGAAGAAAGAUUUCCUAUAAUAAAGUGCCCAACUUAUUGUGGUAAAGCAGUAUUUUCUGUCAACCUAGGCCAGUAUAAUACACAAGGGGAAGUCCCUUCUGUUUCACACUAACCACUCUAUAUAUGGUAAUGAAACUAACAAUUGUCAUAUAACCACACCUACUAAAUCUGGUAAGCUAAAAAUAAAAUGUAUUCUUAUAUUUUAUCUUGCUUUAAUAAAACUUUAUUUAUAAACGCCAGUCUAUGUGUAUGUGUUGUGUUACUGUGAAAUGUUAUGUUCCUGGCAGACUUGUCUGGAGAAACUUUUUGAGGUAUGUUGGUAUCGCGUGUGAUUUGUUCCCCAAAGUUAAAACCGUUCAGGCUACUGUUGUGUGAUAUUUAUUGUGAAAAGACCCACUGGGAAGCUGUGUGUAUGUCUGUAGGGGAUCCAUAGUCUAGGUUGUGUGGUGUUACUGUGACAUUUAUUAUAUGUUCAAGGCAGACUUGUCUGGAAAAACUUCACUGAUUCAGGGCUCAUGUAUUUUGAGGUCUGUUGGUGGUACCUCGUGUGAUUUGUUCCCCAAAGUUAUUUUUUGUUAUUGUGUGGUAUUCAUCGUGAAAAGACCUACUUGGGAGUUGUGUGUACUGUCUGACAGAGGAAUCCAGAGACCAGACCGUUCAUUGAUCUUGAUUGCCACAAAUCUUCCAUUAAAAUCACCUGGAAGUGGUAUUUUGUCAAAAUAAAGCUUUUGUCACUAAAAUAUGUGUUUUGAUGAG